AUGACAAACACUUUUGAAGCAAUUGUUACAGGUGCGACUGGCAUUAAUGGUGCUGCCAUCAUCAACCGACUUUUAAAUGAACCCAAAUGCUCCAAGAUUCACUGUGUUUCUCGCAGUCUGAAAGAAGAGUAUCCCAGCAAAGUUAAACACUAUUCAAUUGAUUUAAUUACUUCAAAUCCUGAACAGAUUGCAGCGACUUUCCAAAAAGAGGGAGUUACAAACAUUACAUAUGCCUUCCACACUGCCUACAAAGAGGAAUCAGAGGAAGGUGAAGCGUGCAAGACCAAUGGAGCAAUGUUGAGAAACUUUGUAAUUGGUCUUGAAAAAAGCAAUAACAAGACUCUAAAGAGAGUUGUUUUAACGACUGGUUUAAAGUACUACGGACCCCAAUUCGGUGAAGUAAGACUUCCCAUGGAAGAGUCAGAUCGCCGUGUGCCUGAAAGCUUUUCAGGUUUGCCCAAUUUCUACUACAUUCAAGAAGACAUCCUUAAAGAAUUGAGUGCUAAUAAGCCUUGGGACUAUGUGAUUGCUAUGCCCAGUGACAUCUGUGGUGUUUCUCAAGGAGGUUACAUGAAUCAAGCAUUCACAAUUGCACUGUAUGCUGUCAUCUGUAAAGAAUUGGACGAACCAUUCUAUUUCCCGGGAAAUGAAAAGAUCUAUAAAGGGCUUAAUGAUAUUUCCUACUCAGGUUUGAUCGCCGACUUUGAAGUAUGGGCCGCUCAAAAACCAGAAACUAGCAAUGAACGAUUCAAUAUUGUAAACGGUGACUCUCACAGCUGGUCAAGAACUUGGCCAAAGAUUGCUGACUACUUUGGCUUAAAAGUUCCUAAAAAUCAAUUUGACAACUGGUCUUCUUUGAGCAACAAAAUUACCUUGCCCACACCUCCACCUAUCAGGUUAUACCAAGAGGAAAUGGGCAUUAAGGAUAUCCCAAAUACUGAAUUUAUCAACCAUGUUUCUUUUCCCAAGUGGAUCCAGCAAGAUAAAGUGAAGAAGGCAUGGAACCAGAUUGCUGAACGCGAACACUUAGAUCCUAAUCUUUUAGACACUGGUACAUGGGCCUUUUGCGAUUUUACGGUAGGCAGAACCUAUUAUGUGGCUGCAUCCAUGAUUAAGGCUCGUCAAUUCGGCUAUCAUGGAUACUAUGAUACAUUUCAAGGAUUUCAAAAGACAUUCGAUACUUUAAAACGUGGAAAAGUCAUUCCUUCUUAA